GCUUUGACAACGAUCUCGCGAGAAUUCACAGGACAAAGAUGGCGCUAGAAAGUGUGUGUAAUUUCCAGGCUCCGAACCCAAGAAUCGGCCUCCUCAGGCCUGGUGGAAAAGGCGACGUCGAUGAGAGUGACGUUCUAAACAAUCUGUGGAGUCUGGACAAGUUUUCCAUCCCAGCAGUUACCGACCCGGCUGAGUUCCUGAAGCCGUUCACUACUGGUGAGGGGAACAUGAAGAUUGAGUUUGACCACGGCACCACGACCUUGGCCUUCAAAUGGCAACAUGGCGUCAUCGUGGCUGUAGACUCCAGAGCUACUGCUGGGUCUUACAUAGCAUCCCAGACAGUGAAGAAGGUUAUAGAGAUCAACCCUUACCUGCUGGGCACCAUGGCAGGCGGGGCAGCAGACUGUUCCUUCUGGGAGAGAGUCCUGGCAGAGCAGUGCAGAAUAUAUGAACUGAGGAACAAGGAGAGAAUCUCUGUGGCUGCUGCCUCCAAGCUGCUGGCCAACAUUGUGUACAACUACAAGGGCAUGGGUCUGUCCAUGGGCACCAUGAUUGUAGGCUGGGACAAGAGGGGACCCGGCCUGUACUAUGUGGACAGUGACGGCACCAGGCUGUCUAACAACAUGUUCUCUGUGGGGUCAGGCUCCACGUAUGCCUACGGAGUGCUGGACAGUGGCUACAGGUGGGACAUGAAUGUGGAGGAGGCCUAUGAGCUGGGUAAGAGGGCCAUCUACCACGCCACACACAGGGAUGCCUACAGUGGAGGGGUGGUCAACUUGUACCAUAUGAAGGAGACAGGCUGGAUCAAGGUAUCCCAGACAGAUGUCAUGGAGCUUCACUACAAGUACAAAGAAGAGAAGAAAUAGAUAACAAUGUUUUCGUACCCUAUUUACUAGCUCAGACAUUCAAGCUGAUUACAGGAUAAAUGUUCAACAUUUCUUGGUAGAAUAAUAAUAAAAAAACAACAGCCUGUUACUAAACUAUUGUAUUGUGAUGCCCAGGAUUUAGAAUUACAGUUCUUCAAAGUCUCAUUCUUUGACAUUAUGAAAUCUGGCGUAACAGAACAACAUUGUGAUGUAGUUGAUGACAACAAGUUUUCAGGGUUUAGUGGUCUAGUAUCUGAGUCAUUGUCAUUCUGCUUAGCAUAAGCUGAGUAGUGAACCAGCAUGCUAACUCUCUAUAGACUCCAUGUACAAUGUACUUUCUGUCCUGGGGAAUAAAGACUAGCACCCAGCAAACACAUUUGUCGAGGGGAGUUAUAUUUACAAAAUGUAUUUCAGCUUUAUUACAGUAAGAUAAACAUAAAUGGACAAACGGAAGGAGAUUGGCUUUGCGUAUCCCAGUCCAAUUUAAAACAACAGAAGGUAAAGAAUA